ACACGGUCCUACCAGAAAACGCCGUGACGUAUGAUACACCCAAUUUUCACUUCAUCAUUUAUGGUAUACUGCACGGACAGAUAAAUGAAAAAAGGUGUAGCGGCAAGGACGCAUCGGAAUUUUUGAGCAAAGUGAAACCACAUUAUGUUCUGCUAGAAUUGUGUCAACAAAGACUAAGCAAAAUAAUGGACAUCCUUUCGAACCAAGGAAAAAAAAAAAACGAUAAUAAUUACAGCAAAUUUUCUUACCUGCCAAGAAUACAUAAUGGUUUCUUACAAAAUGAAUUUUUACCCAUAAUUCGAGACUCCAUAAAAAAUAAAUGGAAAAUAUUUUUGCUCGAUAGAAACAUGAACACCAUUAGAAAUCGACUCGAUUCUAGACUCCUCUAUGACACGAUUGCUUACAGAAAAUUCUUCACAUACUGCAUUGAAUCCAUAUCGUUGAGGCACUACUCCUUUGAGGAGUUUACAAAGCUGUACAAACAGUAUGACUCUUCGACUGCAACUGACAAGGAUCCUCUUUACCAUGGCAGACCAGAAGAUGGCACCGGGGACUCUCCUACGAAACGUGCCCAUGAAGGGGAACUCCACAUGGACACGUACAGUGAACACAAAGUGCGUGGCAAAUUUGCAUCGGAGGCAACAGAAGAGGGAGAGGGCGAACAGGGUCGUACCUCUACACCGCAGGAUGACGACCAAAAUGGAGAAAGCGAAAUUUGGAAAAAACUAAACCUACUGCAGACGCUGAACGAAAGACUGAAAAAUCUCUCCAAGCCGACGUAUGACAUCCUCGUGGAAGAAAAAUGUAAAUAUAUGGCGAACAACAUUUGGUGUUUCCUCCUCAACAAUGAGGAAUAUUUCUUCGAAAAAACCCCCGUACGGAAGACCAUUUUUGUCCUGUGCAGUGCCAACAUAGUGCACAAAUUGGUGCAAGAGAUGGACAGUGCAUAUCUGAGUCUAUGUAAAAGGUAUGAAUCUAAUAUAAACAGCAACAGUACGGAAAACAUAGUAUUUGAAAAUCCGUAUACUUCGUAUGGCACAUAUGUAAAGCCACACUGGCCUCUCAUUUUUAUCAAGUAUUAUUUCAUUCCUUCCAUCAUUAUAUAUGCUACACUGAACACGUUUUAUGCGCUCACUGCAUGGAUUUACAAGUCUAAUUUCCAGAGGACUUCUUCCCCUUCUCAUGAAAUCAUAGACAUAGAGGUGU